AUGACGAAAAGAAACAAACUAGACACAUUUAUCGGCAUAAUACACCACAAUGACCCCGUUAUAUCGAACAAUUACAUCUGUCCACCACGCAAGACGCAGGCUAGAUUUCACGACAAAUUCAACGUCAAAAGCAUUGAGGAUGGUUCACUUUACGCCACUUUGAUAAAAAACUCUGGGCUUCGCCUCUUCGUCAAUCCCAUUAAAUGGACCGGUCUUCACCUUACACUUCUCGACAUGGAGUUCCACAAUCUUCCUGCACUUAGCCAGCCUGUACCGACGGUCGACUCAUCGAAAGCUACGAUAGAUCUAUCUGCUUCGGCACAGGCUCUGCUUGGUGCCCUCAACACCCUUUUGGAGACCAAAUCAACAGAAUGCCGGACACGCUCAAUUCUCACUGUCAUUUCGAUGCUGUAUCCUCAGCAUAUGUCAUUUCUACGUACUUCUGAGCUUCAUCAAUACUUCGGCGGUCGAGCAUAUCGCAUUGGUUGCCCCGUACAGGCAGCCUGGGAUGUCACGCCAGCGCGCUCCAGCUACACAACUGCUAACGAAUCGAUGUCCAUGCGAGCCAAAGAAUCUGUCGAGGGUCCAAUAGUGGAUACCAUUGAUGGACGUAAUGUAAAAGAACAGCCUGUACUUGUCUACGUCGAUCUCAAGACAAUCGCCGUAACACGGCGUGCUAGAUACAAGCCGCCCCGGGAUAACCCGCCAGUCCGGAGGCUUAAGAAGUAA